AUGUCAUACCUGGCACCUUGCUUUUCAGAGCAGUUUGGGCAAAUAGGCAGAUGUUUGCUUGUUCAGGAGCAAAUCAAUCUGGCCCUGUACGCGUUGGAGAACUUUGGCAAACUCCUGCCUGGAUUGGACAGAAUCGUCGUUUUCCUUACUUGCAUUCCGGGUCUUGGACAGAUAGCUGCUGAAGGACAUCGGAAGGACCAGGUGCCACGGUGCUUACAGUUGCUGCGAAACUUAACAGACAACUCAGUCGCCUUUUUCCAGUCAGCGAUUGAGUUCUUGCUCAUUCCCUGUGGAUCCACAGAGGCCGCUUCAAUCGGUGGCUUGCCAUCUGCAAGUUGGUCUCACUGGAAGUCCCGACUCAAGAGCAAGUCAGCCGCAGAGAUGGUGGCCUUAAAGUGCACUGUACUUCGGUGGUUGUCAUCGCUUGGUGCUGAGCCUCCUGCUUUCAUGGUCUAUUUGCCAUCCCUUGUAGCUUCUGUGGAGAAUUAUGAUGCAGUUUGCAACAUGGCCGAGAGUAAUUGCAAACGGCUGGAUUUGGAGCUCGAUAUGGACAAUGACGUGGACCUCCUCGGCAGACUCAUUUGUUUGGGUCUGACCUCUGCACCACCUGGCCAAGAAAAUGCUGCUGGUUCUCUCAAGGUUGAGACGAAGGUUUCAGUUCCUGCCAAGUUGAGACACAAGGUGCUUGUUUUGCUGCAACGAUCUCGAGGGAUCGGACCUGCUUUGGUUGCGCAUGUAGUGCACCUCAUCCGGCAGAGCCUCCGUGAAAGUGAGCAGGUGCAACAAAGCGCUUUGCAGUUGGCUUUGGUUCUUUCUGAAACCGUAGAUCCAGAGAAUUUGGUGGAAACCAGUGAAAAGAUACUUGCAGAGAUUGAAGCAGUAUUUUGGCCUGGCGGUGGAGUAAUUGCUAUGGGUACUGUCACCUGGCUGCAAGGACCGGUGAACCGGUGCUUUGUUUUGAUUUAG